AUGGCGAAUGAAACGUUCUCUGCCAUAUCCCAGCCUGGGGCUUUUCCAGGCUUGGGCGCUCAGACGUCCGCCUGGGCGUCGUACGUAGUCGCGGCCUUGCUCUUGGCCUCUUUGGCUUACAGCAGGCGCGACAAGUAUCGAGGUGUACCCGACGUGACUCCGUCUCGGCCCUUUGAGCUGACCGACUCGAGAAAACGAAAGGAAUUCUUGGCAAAAUCCCGCGAGAUUCUGGCUCAAGGCAGCAAAAGGUAUGGAGACCAACCAUACAAAGUGACGGCGGAGAUGGGCCAAAUACUCGUCCUACCACCGCAGUACGUCGCCGAGCUCAAGAACAACCCUGCUCUGGAUUUAACAGCGUUUGUUCAAAAAAUUCUGGUCCAUGCGUACCUUCCAGGCUUUGAGCCGUUUGGGGCUGCCGAGGCGACGGUGAAAAUUAUCCCCAAAUACGUAAACAAGAAAUUGGGCAAUCUGGCCCUGUCGGAUAUUUUUACCGAUUCCAAAGACUGGACUGAAAUCGACGCCUUCAGCAUACUGCGCCUCGCUUCGCGCAUGUCCUCGCGGAUAUUCAUGGGCAAAGAUAUAUGCAAAGAUCCAGUCUGGUUCAAAGCCUUGCUCGACUACAUCUCGGACAUUGGCGCUCAGCGCAACAUCAUCUCUGGUUGGCCGCUGUCUCUGCGCCCGAUUAUCUACCGCUUGGUGCCGGCUUCUUUCAGGAUCAAGAGGAAACUUCAAAAGUGCCGUGAUGUCUUGAAACCCCAUCUUGAAAGACGGGCUGCCAUCAUCAAAGAUGCUCUGGCUCGCGGCGAGCCCAAUCCGUUUGAUGAUUCGAUCCAGUGGUACGAAAACGAAGUCGGCGACGGUGAAAAAGAUCACGCCGUGUUCCAGAUUGGCAUCUUCUUGGUUGCUAUUCCCAACACGGCCGACACUUUGAUGCAAACCCUUCACCACCUCGCUCUCAAUCCGGAAUACAUAUCUGUCAUGCGGGAGGAGGUCAUCAGGGUGAUUGGCACGCAUGGUUUGAACAAGGCAGCUUUGCAAAAACUCGACUUCAUGGACAGCUGCCUCAAAGAGUCGGUGAGAUUAAGACCUGUGUUAACCUUAUACUUCCAAAGAAUGGCCCUCCAGGACGUAACAAUGAGCAAUGGAUUCACCAUCAAAAAGGGAACCGUGCUUGGCAUGGACGGCACAAGAAUGAUGAUGGACGAAGACAUAUAUCCAGAACCGGAACGCUACAACCCCCGUCGCUUCAUGGAGAUGCGUAAGCUGCCGUCCGGAGCGUCCAAGGCACCCAUGGUUACCGUCACCCCCGACCACCACGCCUUUGGCCACGGCAUCCACUCGUGCCCGGGACGCUUCUUUGUCACCACCGCGCUCAAGAUCGCCCUGGCGCACAUGGUUCUGAAGUACGACUGGAAGGUCGCCGAGGGCUACGAGGACGCGAAGCCCAGGGUCAUGGGGAUGAGAUACCUUGCCUCUAAUGUCAAACUGCAGGUCCGUCGGAGGAAGGAGGAGUUGGAUUUGGAUUCGCUGGCUGCCCAAACUAAGUGA